AUGGAAGCUCAUGAGGAUCUGUUGAUAUGGGCAGAAGACCACGGUGUGACUCUGAACGGCAUCCGGCCUCAGCGUCUCCCAGGGCGCGGCUUCGGUAUUGUCGCUACGAAGAGCCAUGAGGCAGAUGAGGUGCUUCUGCAGGUACCCACAAAGGUCCUGCGCAGUCUUCACACCGUGCCCAAAUCCAUCUCUCGCAAGCUGCCAAAAGUGAGUGUUCACGCAGUUCUUGCUGCUGAUUUGGCGCUUGAUGAGUCGGACAAGUACAGCAAGUGGAACGCCGUACUUCCCACCAGAGAAGAUGUCAAGACGAUGCCUCUGCUGUGGAAUGGAAAGCUACAGGACUUUCUGCCCCGACGUGGGCAGGAGAUGCUCGCCAAGCAGGAGUCAAAGUUCAAGCAUCACUGGGAGAUCAUCUCCAAGGCAUUUCCGUCGCUGACGGAGGAGGACUACAAAUAUGCUUGGUUGCUGGUGAAUACUCGUACGUUCUACUACACUGACAAGAAGACUGAGAAGUUGCCCAAGGACGACCACAUGGUGUUGCAGCCGGUUGCUGACCUAUUCAAUCACGCGGAUACGGGUUGCGGCGUUGCAUAUGAUACCGAUGGUUUCACAUUCACCAGCAAGCGGGCGUAUGCCGUCGGAGAAGAAAUACACAUAUCCUACGGUGGACACAGCAACGAUUUUCUCCUGGUGGAGUAUGGCUUCAUCCUAGAGGAGAACCGCUGGGAUGAGGUGCGAAUCGACGAGGUUAUCCUGCCGGAGUUGACAAAUGCGCAGAAGGAGCAAUUAGAGUAUGUCUCCUUUCUGGGGAACUACGUGCUGGAUGCGCGCGAUGUCUGCCACCGAACACAGGUGGCCUUGCGCAUCAUGUGUCUUCCGUUAGGAGAAUGGCAAGACUUCGUAGACGGAGCAGACGAUUCAACAACGAAGCAGGCAAAGGUCGACCAAUUAUUGGUCAAGUUACUGAAGAAGUACGAAAAGACGAUCAAGAAGACGUUGACGGGGAUCAAGGGUGCAAAAGCCGGCAAUGAGAUUCAACGCCAGCUCCUGGAAGAUCGUUGGACACAAAUACAGACUCUUGUAGAGGCGACAGUCACACGUCUCAGUGUUUGA